AGUGUUCAGUAUCCUCGUGACUAGAUAGGAUAUCGUGUAUUUUUGGUGUGUAGAGCGUCGAGUGUAGUGGCAGUGUGCCCUUCGAGUGUGUAUAUCGAACGUAAUACACCCUCGGUCAAAACGGAAUUCUUAAGUGGGACCGUGCAGGGCCAAUGUGCACCGGGUACGAUUGUAACUUUUGGAGGUGAAACCGCGGGAGUGUUGGCGCCCACCCCCGUGGUAGUCUCGACGCAAGCCGUCGCUAUGAACCAACUAGGUACUGUAUAUGCUACUAAAAGGCGACGGCGGAACGGCAAAAGUUUGAAACCGACUCCGAAAGAUGGCGUGACAAAAAGUAAUCCAAGCAAAAGACACCGAGAGAGACUGAACGCCGAGCUGGAUACUUUAGCGAGUUUAUUACCUUUCGAACAAAAUAUACUUUCCAAACUCGAUAGGCUUUCGAUACUAAGACUGUCAGUCAGUUAUUUACGUACAAAAAGUUAUUUUCAAGUGGUUAUGCACAAAGAUAAAGACGACGGCCUUCAUCGAAGGGAACUAACAGCCUUCGAUCACACCCCUCUAGACGGGGAAAUGUUUCUUCAGGCCCUCAACGGUUUCCUCAUAAUAUUAACGUGCGAUGGAGAAGUUUUUUUCGCUACGCAUAGCAUAGAAGGUUAUUUGGGCUUUCAUCAGUCGGAUAUAGUCCAUCAAUCAGUAUACGAAUUGGUCCACUCGGAAGAUAGAGAAGAGCUGCAACGGCAGUUGAUGUGGAAUUCGUUUCUUCCGCCAGAGUCAGCCAAUAUGGGUCUUCAAGAUAUCUUGUUACCAGAAAAUUGCCAUUUAUUAGAAAGGAGUUUCACCGUGCGCUUCCGAUGUCUUUUAGACAAUACUUCCGGUUUUUUGCGUUUAGACAUACGGGGGAGGGUUAAAGUGUUACAUGGUCAAAACCGUAAAUCGGAAGAACCUCCGCUAGGAUUAUUCGCCCUUUGCACACCUUUUGGACCGCCAUCUUUAUUGGAAAUACCUCAAAAGGAAGUCAUGUUCAAAAGUAAACAUAAAUUAGAUUUGGCGUUAGUUUCGAUGGAUCAAAGGGGGAAAAUGUUAUUAGGUUAUUCAGAUACGGAAUUGGGCAGUAUGGGGGGAUACGAUUUGGUUCAUUUUGACGAUUUGGCGUACGUUGCUAGCGCUCACCAAGAAUUAUUAAAAACAGGAGCUUCUGGAAUGAUCGCUUACAGAUUUCAAACCAAAGAUGGACAAUGGCAGUGGUUACAGACGAGUUCGAGAUUAGUUUAUAAAAAUUCGAAACCAGAUUUCGUUAUAAGUACACAUCGACCAUUAAUGGAAGAAGAAGGUCGCGAUCUUCUUGGUAAACGUACGAUGGAUUUCAAAGUGAGUUAUUUAGAUGCCGGUCUUCCAAACAACUAUUUUUCCGAAACGGAUCAAUUAUUAUCGAAUACACCAAACGUCGUAUCGCAUCCCAUACCUUCAACUCCGUCCAGGGUAAAUAGAAAAUAUAAAACGCAAUUACGCGAUUUUCUAUCGACUUGUCGUACGAAACGUAAAUUAUCGCACAGCUCGAACGGACAAAUAACGCCUCCAACAAAUCCAACGGUAACAGCAUCAGUAGUCAGUCCUAUGCCAGCGGUGGAUUAUAUAACAACGGACGGUUGUUCGGCAGCUUACAACAUGUACGCGAAUCCUUAUUCUUCGUCUACAACAGAUCACGGUCUUUCCUAUAUGAGUCAUUCGAAUUUCCAACACGGUUUAUAUCCGGCACCCACAACGCUCGAUAACCGAUAUCUCGCCACAACGGAAAAUUUAUUUCACCAAUACAGACCGUUAGGCGGUUAUUAUCCUGAAUAUCAUCAUUCACCAACUACUAGUCCUUAUGUAGGAAACGGUUUCCUCGAAAUGCCUUCGAGAACUUACGAUCCUUCUACAUCAACUCCUAGUCAUCACCCCACGUACAGAACUACAGUUAUGCCUGUAGACGAAAAAAUAUAUUCUUGUCAACAAGUAUCGCAACCUACUUACGUGGAUACAUCAAGAGGUUACGUAGUACCGAAUUCAACGAAAUGUUUAGACGUAUCCUGGCCUUAUUCGGUGAGUCCUUCUUCGGGAAUAAUACAACCCAUACAAGUCAUGAGCACGCAAUUAGAAAUAAAUCACAAAGAUUGCGGAAAAAUCAAACAUUCGUCUUCGUCUCCGGUCACCGCAGGAUUAAUAACACCCAAAAUGGAGGACAUCAAAACCGAUACAAAUAUAAUCCAUCAAUCCGAUAGUCCAGGUCAUCAUUUGACUAACCAAAAUUCCGUAACGCCUCAACAUUUUUCUCCGGUAACUACCGUAUCUGAAAUACCGAGACAGACGGUUUUAAUGUGGGGUUCGAACCACGUACACAAUUCCCCUAAUAGAUCCCCGGGAUAUUCCGUAUCGUCGGUGGUACCGUCUUCGGAAAGUUGUGACGCUUUGAAAAAUUUGACUGACAUAAAUAACCCGGAUAUGUGUAAAUGGAAUGGGGGAGAUAGUAAAACGGAAACCGUUCAAAAUAGUGAUUCCGACAGUCCGCAUCAACAUCAUUCCAAUCAUCACAAUCAUCACAAUUCGAGGGUGGUGAUGGUUCUGUGAUGAACGGCGUCUUACUGGGGUUAUACGCCAGUAUGUACAUAUUUAUAUAAAUUAUUUUUCAAUUGAAAUUGCACAUAAUUCAAAUUAUCGUAUUGAGAAAGUCGUAAAUAUAUAACGAGAUAAAAAAAAUAAAAAAAACAGUGAAACUUACAAACAAAAUCAAUAAGGUUAACAUCUAUUGGAGGCUCCUCGUAGAAUUUUCAAUGGUCCAUACGUUAAUGACUAUUUCUAUUGAUAUUUCUAUUUGUUUUUCGAUAAAUCCCAUUAUUUUAGGUUCAUUUUUAUUUAUUGAUUGUUUAUAAGAAUGAAACUACUUCAAAAUGUCAAACUUCAAACGUCAAAUAAUCAAUUCACAGAAUACUGAGUUGGAAUUAUCUUGGAACCGUUAGUUAUACUGUUUACACUACACCAACCCUGACAAUGUCUAUCGCGCGUUUUGUUGAUGUAAUCGUGGUGUAAACGUGUACUCAGUUAUUCAAAUAAGAGUCUUGACUAUAAAAUGUUUAGAAACAUUCACUACAAUAUUUUUGAGAUUAUAAUAGCAACAGCUCAAUGCAGAUACGGUUCAGAAAUCAAACAACAGAAUCCAUAGAGGAAAUGGACUUUGUGAAUAAAAAUCGUUGCAGUCAAAUUAAAACAGACUCGAUUUAUUUGUGACUUUUUUCAAUACAUCGAAACAUAUCUUCCUGCAUUGUGUUUUUUGUUGUCAUUGUCUUCGAAUUUAGAAUUAUUACAUAGUAUAAUAAAUGUAAAAUUGAUUAUAUAUAUAUAAAUAAUUGACGUUUUAUUUUUUGAUAAUUUUUCGUUUAUCAAUAGUACGGUCAUCAAAAAUCGAGAAUUGACAAAAUAAAACUUCUUCGAUUUCUUUUUUCAUCUUUUAUAAUUAUUCCACCAAAAGACAGCUAGACAAAUGAGACUUGUCAAAUCUUUUUUAAUCUGAUUCGAGUUUCGAUUUUGGUGGAAAAGUAAAGGGAACAUAUACUGAAACUAUUCCACCAACAUACAACACAGAAAAAUAAUAAAAAUUAGUUUAUUAAAAAAAACUGACAGCAUUCUAGUUCCACACAAAAGAGAAGUUUAAACCAUAGAUAAACCAUAUCGGUUUAACAGAAGUAUGAUGUGUGUCUGUUGUCAAUCGGCCAUAUUUGAUUUCAAGUGACAGCUACUUCCUGUUUCCGACCUAUUUCUUCAUAAUUGUAACCUCUAAACCGUAUUUCUAUUUAUUUAAAGACCGUUCUAAUGUUAAACUUUGCUUAUUUGCGACCAUAUUUGAUAAUUAAUUGGUACACGUAUCUAUUUACGUUUGUUAUUUAUUUUUUACAUUUUUACGCAGUGAAAUCGUCUAGUCAUUUAACAUUUUAUAUUCUUGUAUAAAUGUUGUACAUUAUUAUUUAUAAACAUAUCGAAAUAAACUGGUUAUUUUGGAAAGUGGAAUGGCGUAUAUCACCACAGAAAAUAAUAGAAGUUAUUCAAUUGGGGUUAGUUUGAUUGACUGAUCUACUUUUCAAAAAGACUAUGACAAAUUAUUUUCACACAAAUUCGAGUAAAGAAUAUACCAAGAGAAAAUUGUAGAUUCACUAAAAUUAUAUUCAUGGUUAAUAUUUUAAAAACCUUCGCAAUAAUAUACUUUACUCGAAACUUAUUUAGAAUUAAAUCAAAUAGCGAUUUUAAACAAAAGAUGGUGACCAGCAAUACGUUAAGACACUAGCUUUAAGUAGAAUCUUUUUACCAACUUCCAAUCUAUUUAAUAUAUUGAUUUUGGUACACCCUGUAUGAUGGAAAACUUGUAUUUCGAUACGUGAUGUUUUUAAUGUUCUCACAUUCAUUAUAAAUUUUUUAAUUUAUUAAAUAAGUAUUGUUAGUCAUCAUUGUCGAAAGAAACAUUUUUUUUAUUGUUAAAAUGAACGUGUGUUGUAAGGCGAGACAUGAAUUUCGAUUUAUAUUACAACUUUUGCUGAUAAACUUUACUCGGUCGACAAAAAAGAUAUCUUUUCAACCUACUACGUACAAAAACUGGUCACUAGAUGACGCAAAUAUUUGUUUAACAUAAAAAUAUUUAUUUUUGAUGUCUAUAUGAUAUAAUUCGUAAAAAAUAUUCAACUAUUUAUUUUUUUAUUUUGAAAAAUAAUAAUUAUACACUUUUUUCACGUUUAAAUGAAAUUCUCGCAUAAUUUAGUGAACGACAUCUAUUAAACGUACUUCUAGUUAACAUCAUGUGUUUUCAAGUCAUAACCUAAGUUAUAAAAAUGGAGGGUUUUGAAAUGUUUACAUUUAAUUACAAAAAUUUGUGGUGAUAAUUGUAUAGAAAACUUUCGUAAACAAUGAAUAUGGAAGCAGAAUAUAUAAAAACUGCAAAUUGUAUAAACGUAUCUAAUAGAAUUUGCUGAUUCAUCAUCUUCGAUGUAGACGUUAUGAUUGACUUUCAAUUUUUCCGAAGAAUAAUUAGUCCACAACAAACAUCUAUGAGGAAAAUGAAACUAUUUUACAAAAAUUACGAACCCAAGGAAAAAGAGAAUGUGAAGAUAAUCGAGUGAAAAAUACUAAGAAUUAUAUUCGAAUCAAAUAUUAGAGGAGAUGUAGAAGAAAAA